UGUUUAAUAAAAGCUCCUGUCCCCUCAGAUGGCCCAGGACGGCGGAACCUUUCUGUCGCUGCCAAUCAAGUCCCACAGACCCUCAGAUCCUGGCCUGCCCCGAGCUCUACGGACCUGUGGGGGCCCUGGCGAGGAGAUGCUGGCAGAGCUGGGGUCCUGUCUGCUGCUGGCAGUGGCUCUGCUGGGCCCAGGCCCCGGGGCCCAAGCCAUGACAGGUGUUAAAUGUGGGGGUGUGCUCUCAGCACCUUCCGGAAACUUCUCCAGCCCCAACUUCCCCAGGCUCUACCCCUACAACACAGAGUGCAGCUGGCUGAUUGUGGUGGCCGAGGGUUCCUCUGUGCUGCUCACCUUCCACGCCUUCGACCUGGAGUACCAUGACGCCUGCGGCUUCGACUACCUGGAGGUCUACAACGGCGCCUCAGGAGACAAGGGCAACCUGCUGGGGAGGUUCUGUGGCCGGGUGCCCCCGCCGCCCUUCACCUCCUCCUGGCAUGUCAUGUCUGUCGUCUUCCACUCAGACAAGCACGUGGCCAGCCGCGGCUUUUCUGCUGGCUACCAGAAAGAUGUGUGUGGCGGCGUCCUGACGGGCCUUUCGGGGGUCCUCACCAGCCCCGAGUACCCCGACAGCUACCCCAACAACGUGGAGUGCCGCUGGGUGAUCCGGGCCGCCGGCCCCGCCACUGUCAAGCUGGUGUUCGCGGACUUCCAGAUGGAGGGCAAUGAGGAGUGCACCUAUGACUACGUGGUCGUCCUUGGGGGGCCCGGCCCUGCCCACGGGCAUCACUACUGUGGCAGCACCAGGCCCCCCACCCUCGUGUCGCUGGGCCACGAGCUACAGGUGGUUUUCAAGUCCGACUUUAACAUUGGAGGUCGGGGCUUCAAGGCCUACUACUUCUCAGGAGAAUGCCAGGAAGUGUACACGGCUGUGCGAGGCAACUUCUCCAGUCCACAGUACCCCAGCUCCUACCCUAACAACAUCCACUGCCACUGGACCAUCCGCCUGCCUCCUGGCUACCGGGUCAAGGUGUUCUUUCUGGACCUGGAUCUGGAGGGUCCCAGCAGCCUGACCAGGACCUGCGACUUUGACCAUCUGGCGGCCUUUGAUGGGGCCAGUGAGGAGGCGCCCCUCCUGGGGAAUUGGUGUGGCCACCACCUGCCAGCACCAGUCACCUCAAGUCACAACCAGCUUCUGCUUCUGCUGCACACAGACCGCAGCACCACCCGAAGGGGCUUCUCUGUGGCCUACAUUGGAGUCGUGCCCGUGAACGUGAGCUGCUCCCGCACGGAUUUCCAGAUCCUGAUCUCCGCACAGGCACUGGCACCGCUGGAGCGGACCAAGGUCUACCUGGGCAGCCGGAGCUGUGCCGCCCAGGAAGUCGGCAGCACCUUCCGGAUCCAGGCCCGCUUUGACACCUGUGGCACCGAGUCUCAGAGGAGGAACAACACGUCGGUGAUCGUCAGCGUGCUGUACAUUGACUUCUCGGCUGGUGGGCAGGAGGACAUCCAUGAGUACGAGGUCCGCUGUGAGCCACGGCGCAAGGAGGCUUCUAUCCACCUGCUGUCUGGCUCCGACUGGCUGGGGCCCUAUGCCGCCACAGCCGAGCAUCUUCAGGAAGCGCCACCCAGGGAUGAGGUGGAGGCCCUGGAGGGCCCUGUGGCCAUGGUGACCCAAGACACCAGUGACAUUGUCUUCCUGGGCCUUUGCAUCCUGGCUGGAGUCCUCAUGGUCAUUGCCAUCGUGGUCCUGAUGCUGCUGUGAGCAGGCAAGGGACCUGGGUUCUGGCUUCCCUGGGAAGCAGCUUGCGGUCCCCAAAACAGGAGCAGACCAGGCUUUAUCGACUUGUUGGCGACCAUGGACAAGUCACUGUCCCUCUCCGAGACUCAGUUUCCUAGGCUCACAGAGCUGGCAUGAGGCUCAGAGAAGAGCACGAAUGGAUAUGAGCUUUGUAAACUAUGUCAUGUUGUGUGUGUGUGCAAUUGUUACUAAUUUGAAAGAUGGCCUGCAGUAGAAAAGAAGACUCCUGUGUGUGUUACUUGGCAUCACGGAUAGCUGUGGUCACUGGUCACUUGUUCUGUAACUUGCACAAGUGCUUUACCCACUCAGGAUAAAAACAAGGGCAUCUUUUAUUUUUCCAACUAAUGGCUCAUCACAAGCCUUCAUUGGCAGGAAAUUUAGUAACUGUCUAGGGGCCUCCACUCUCUUGAACUGACUCAGGAACCUUGAGGACUUCAUCCACAGCAGGCCAGUCCUGCCUCCAAACUCCAGAAACAGAGAGAAAUGGAGCCGAAACCCCACCUAGUGCUGUCAUCCUAGCCUCCGCCAUGUGGUGUCGCUGUUGGAGGCUGGUUGUGCGCAUCCCAGUGGAUCCUGUCUGAAGAGGUGGCGAUGCCCUGCGAGGUCAGAUCCCUGCAUAAAACACAGGCGGGCCCACACUGUGCUCAGCAGUGAGGCUGGAAGCUGAGGACUGGUGUCUCUUUCAUGCUGGCGUUUUUCCUUAAAUAGAUCGUGAUCCUUGACUGCAAAGCUGACUGAAGUUCCUGUGUCUUUGUCCUCACCCCUGAUGUUGAGUCCAUUGUUUCCCUUCAGAUGAGUUCUCUUUGGAGCCUGUGGACCUUCUCCUGCCAUUGGACUUCACUCAGAGCUACUCCAGCAUCCCCGUGUUUCUCUAAGUUCACACUACGGGGAGCAUGGGUUGGGUUCCCGGUGCUUUCUGGCAUCCUCAAGCAAAUUGGUCCAGUCCCCCCAGAGCUCCAAGUGGAACAGCCUUGUUAAUGAAAAAUAAACAAAGAAAUACAGUUAUAAUACACCACCUUCCCCUGCUCACCUGUAUGUUUGUGUAAUGAAUCACUCACAAUCAACAGAAAUCUCCACCUUGACCAUGCUGACCACGGUGCUCAAGUAAGUGAAUUGGAGCCUGAUUACAGCUCUUUCAACAACCCAACCAACAUCCACUUGUUUCCAGCUUUGUCCCCAUUGUUGUGACCGGCUCCAAGCACCCAGCAGCGAAGAAGUCAAAUGAGAUUUCCUGCCUCUGAGAUGUCUAUACCCAGGUGUAGCAGCUUCGGGGAGAGGGAGGCAGACAGUAACUUGCAGAGAAAACAAGAGUGAGAAAAGCCAACAAAGUAAAAAAUUAAGCAAGGGAGAAAGAGUUGCCUGGACAUUAGGAGAACUGGUUCAAGUCCAAGUUCUUCUCAUUAAUUGUGCAAACCUGGGCAAGUCACUUUGAGUCUGUGAGCCUCGAUAUCUCCAUCUGCAAAAUGGGACCACUGUUCAUAGCUUGCUGUAAGAUCGUAGCAACACGAUGAACUAGGGAGGUCUGCCAGGAUAAUGUGCCAGCAGGCGAGUUUUGACUGACACCCCGGGGUGUUGGGAGCAGAGACCCCGUCCUCUUUGUCUCUCACCCACCUUCUCCCUCUCAGAUUCCUCUAGCCACUGAGCUACAUUUGCCAGCCUACAAACCAUCUGGGUCUCAGUUUCUCUGGACAAGACUGAUUACACCCCCCUGCCCCCAAGGCCAGCCUUCCUGCCUGCAAAGCAGGGGUGAUGAUAAAUAACACCCGCUGCACUGGUUCUGUGUGGGGCCUGAGAUCAUGCAUGACAGUGGCCAGUACCUGAGAAGGAUUCAACAAACCUGUUAUGACCUUGACCUAUGAGUUCAUACAAAAGCUCCAGCCUAGAAACCCAAGUUCUCGGCCCAACUUUGCCACUGGCUUGCUGUGUGGCCUUCAGGAACCCAUUCCCUUCUCUGGCCACAGUUCCUGUGUUUAAAAUAUAACAAGCAUCAUUAUCACCUCUGGCACCAUCGCUGUUGUAGCGACGACUCAUAAGCACCAGCUACAUGGCAAGUGUUUGAGCUGUGUCAGCUGACGUAAGCCACCUUGUGAGGCAGACAUAAUUGCCCCCAUUUCACAGAUGAGGAAACUGAGGUCUGGGGAAGGAAGUGCCUUGCGCCAGGUCACAGGUGAUGAAAUGCUGAAGCGAGGCCGAGAGGAGGCAGUUCUUUCCUGAGCUGGGGCCUCUUGGGCCCCCAGGCCAAGCUCUCAAACCCAAGGGCCGUGUCUGGUUGGGAAAGGACUGGAAUGGCCGACAGGGAGAGGAUGGUUUUACCCACGGACGUGCCCAGAUACUGCCAUUCCCAGCCCUCUGGGCAGCCGGCAUGUUGAUUAUCCUGCCUGAGCCAUGGGAAAUGACAGUCUUUCUGACGGCACAGUGUCUAUUAGAAAUGAAAGGGCUGAAAUGAUACCCAUUAGCCAACACGCCCUGGCCCAGGAAGAGUGUCUGAUGGUGUGUGUACGUGUACCAGUUUCCCCUUGGUGGAGAGCGGAGGCCUUAACCCCAGCUCCCCCCGCACUGGUUAUAUGGUCUCGGGCCUGCCUACCCCGAACCGAGAGCUUUGGGUCCUCCAGCCUGCCUGUCCCGGUAGAGCCAACGUUACAGAUGAGGAAAUCCUUGGCAAAUGGAAGUGCCGGCCCUGGGAAGAUGCCUUCUGGCCUCCGGGUCAGGCAGACCUGCGUUCAUUUCCAUUCUCGCCCUGAUUCUGUGUGACCUCGGGCAAGUUGGUUAACCUCUCUCAGCCUCAGUUUCCUCACACGCAGAAUAGGGACACAAAGAUGCUCCUCCCGAGGUCAUCGUGAGGCUUGAGAGAACACAGGGAGAGCGCCCACAUGGGGCUUCCACCUGUACGAUUCUGGAAGCUGGCAGGCCCCGGCCAGGCGAGGGCCUCUUCCCCGAGGGGUCCUCAAAUCUCAGAGUUGGAAGGGUCUCCCAGGACUCCUAGCUCCCCUGCUGAUCUUCAAGAGACCAUGAUCGUUCCCACCCCCAGCCUGUCACUUUGUACCCCUUUGCCUUCCUUCGUAAGACAUAUCGCCGUCUGCAAUGA